AUGGCUGUCUGCAAUUUAACCUUCGAUGAAAUACAAGGGCUCCCUCACUUGAAGAUGAAUUCGAAUACUUUAGAGUUCUAAGUGGUAAAAAAGAAAUUGAAGUAAAAGCAAGUUCAAGCUUUGAAGCAGCAGUUAAAAUGGCAUUUACCUUACAUGUAAGAGAAGGUGGACAGCUCGAUAUCGAUGGUCGUGGUGUAGUUUAUAUUACUGUUAUCUCGCCAAAUGGAGACGAAUUUAAAUAUAGAGCUAUUAAUGCAGACCCUGUUGCUGUUGAGCUCCUGGAAAAAAAUUUCAAAGUCUCCGAGAAUGAAGUUAAUACGGUGUCUACGACCGACGAUCCUGUUGUUUAUACUUUUACGAACGCGUCUGAGAGACUUGACUUUCAACAAUGUGGCAGAGCAGGUCGUGAUGGCUUGCCAUCACACUGUAAGCUUUUUUAUAAUUACAGUGAUAAAAACAUUCUGUAUCGACUGUUUGAUGAACAAGUCAUAGCACAAUACAAAGGUGUAAAUGACUUGAUUGUACUUCUUGAAAACCCAGUGCAGUGCCUUCAUCAAGGCAUAAUGAGCUAUUUUGGAGAAAAGCAUGAUAGCUUUAUAUGUCUUACUGGAUGCAGCAAUUGUAAACACCGUGGAACUCAUCAGAUCACUGAUGGUACAUCAGAUGCUUUAAAAGUUUUGCAAGCAGUUGUUGAAUUAAGCAACAUUAACUUAACAUGCAAUGAUUUGAAGCUGUAUUUAGCUGGUAGCAACCAGAAAUGUGUGUCACAUUUGCAAGAAUAUGCCACAUUUGGAAGCUUAGGGAAGAAGUUUGUACCUGUUUCUUUGCUAGCAAAGUUCUUACAUCUGUUAAUUGUUGGUGAUAUCCUAACUGAAAGAAUACACAAGAAAGGUACUGGCAGCAGCAUUUCUGUUGAAAUAACUCUUGGAAGCAAGGCUCAUGACUUGCUUGCUAACAACUUUAUGAUAGAUAAGUAUGAAAAGACAUGAUUUGCUUCUUUGAAACAGAUUAUUAACAGAAAAUAUUUUGAUUAAUUAAUGUAUGCAUGGACUGUAAAAUAUAUUUUAUAUUCAAGCUAGCCUCCUCUGCAGGCAACCCUAUAAACUCAGCAUAAAGAACUGAAUAAUAAAGCAUGUGCCCAUACUGAGUCAUUAUUAUGUACAGAGUUGCCUGGGAAUGAAGCUAUUAUAUUCAUUACAUUAGUCUCCUGCACAGGCAACGCAGUAACAUCAGUAUGGGUUCGAUGUGAAGUGUACAGGCGGGCGGGUUACGAACAAAAGGAUUAAGAACAUUUUGGAUAGUACCUAGAGUAAGCGACUGAAAUACUAACUUUAGUAAUCUAUUAAAUAUUCACUUCAAUUAUAAACUCAUUAAUUUUUUGACAUCAUCAAUAAUCAACUG